AUGGAGAAGGAGAACAACACUGUAGGGACAGACUUCGUUCUUCUUGGGCUGUUUAACCACACCCGAGCUCACCAAGUCCUCUUCGCCUUGGUUAUAAUGACCUCCAUCACCUCGUUGAUGGGCAAUGCAGCCAUAAUUCUCCUGAUCCACAGAGAUCCCCACCUCCACACCCCCAUGUACUUCCUGCUCAGUCAGCUUUCGCUCAUGGACUUGAUACUGGUCUUUACCACCAACCCCAAAAUGGCUGGAGACUUCUGGUAUGGCAGGAAUUCCAUCUCUCUCGUCGGAUGUGCCAUCCAAAUCUUCAUCUUCGUCACUCUGGUAGGGGGCGAGUGUUUCCUCUUAGCCGCCAUGGCCUAUGAUCGGUUCGUGGCCAUUUGCUACCCUUUACGCUAUCCCGUUCUCAUGAGCCCCAAGCUUUGCCUCCUCCUCGUGGUGGUCUCCUGGUUGCUCGGAGCUACAGAUGGGUUGGUGCAGGCGGGGGUCACCAUGAGCUACCGCUUCUGCCGUUCCCGAGAAGUCAACCAUUUUUUCUGUGAAGCCCCUGCCCUGGUGCGCUUGGCCUGCGAUGACACUACAGUCUUUGAGUCCGUCAUGUAUGUCUGCUGCGUCCUGAUGCUGCUGAUCCCAUUCUGUGUCAUCAUGGGCUCUUACGGCUUCAUUCUGGGGACGAUACUCCGUAUGAGGUCGGUAGAAGCCAAGAAGAAGACCUUCACCACCUGCUCCUCUCAUCUCAGUGUUGUCGGCCUCUUCUACGGGACCACCAUUUAUAUCUACAUGAGGCCCAGUUCUUAUGACUCAACUGACUAUGACAAGGUGGUUUCAGCCUUCUACACUAUUCUCACCCCCGUGCUGAACCCCCUCAUCUACAGCCUGAAGAACAGGGAGGUACUGGGGGCCUUAAAGAGGGGCCUCAUUGAUUGCAGGUUCAGGAAUUAA